GCGGGGUGGCGGGCGAGAUGGGCGCCGCCGCCGAGGGGCGUAGAACUUGGGGGACAACGGAGGGACCUAGUUUCAUGCAGCCGCCAUUCGCGCCGCUUCAGGGGGAGGACCGGAUCACGGCCUCUCGCUAGACUGCGCCCGCCCCCACCCAAGUCUCCCAGAGGGUCUAAGCCUGGUCAUUGCCCGGGACCGCACAAGCCUCGCAGUACCGUAAUGCUAACGAAGGUCUUCCCGGGAACGGCGGCCCAGACGGAGGGCGAGUCCUUGUAGCCUACGAUGGCCGCGUCCUGACAGGUCCCGUCCGCCAUAAGGCUGUCGAUAGGAAUCAUUCCCUUCGCUGGAUCCGCUCCAGUUCAACCUCGCCCCAAGCCUGAACCCUGUCUACAGAGGUCACUGAGUAGGGACGCCAGCCGGGUGGCACGACGGGACUCAUUUUUCAAGGCGGAAGAAUACUAAAGUACCAAGGAUGACAACUUUUACAAGAAGAGGAAAGUCCCCUCUACUUUGGACUCAUUGGGGCUUUCUUCUUUUCCCGUAAAACUUUUGCUAACUACUUAUGUGCGGCCAGCUCACUCGCGGCCGAGCAGGAAAGGAUUGAACGCUGAAGCGCCCACAGUCGGUGGGGAAAAGGGCUCCUGACCACUUAAGGCUUCACGCAGGGACAUAAAUGCUAUCCCAGCAGUAUCUAUCGGGCGCCAGUCCAGCGCUCAGUGCUGGUCUAUAUUCGUCUCCUGGCCUCUCAUCGCUCAUCACUGGCCAAGAGAGGAUAGGGUGGAGUGGUGCCGGAAUGGCUGUUAUGAGGACCUGAGAGGUGAAAGCACUGGCCGCCUUUGGUCGAGGGGUGUCGACUUUAGACCUCAGAGCUUGCUCAGCAUCACUGAUGCCUUCCCCCAACUGUGUGGCCUGCGCCGCCUGCCUCCGACUAUGGCCAUGCAAAAAAUCUUUGCCCGAGAAAUCCUGGACUCCAGGGGAAACCCCACAGUGGAGGUGGACCUGCACACAGCCAAGGGUCGGUUCCGAGCAGCUGUACCCAGUGGAGCUUCCACAGGUAUCUAUGAAGCACUGGAACUACGAGAUGGAGACAAAUCACGAUAUUUGGGGAAAGGAGUGCUCAAGGCUGUGGAACACAUCAACAAGACUCUAGGUCCUGCUCUGCUGGAAAAGAAACUAAGUGUUGUGGAUCAAGAAAAAGUUGACAAAUUUAUGAUCGAGCUGGAUGGGACUGAGAAUAAGUCCAAGUUUGGGGCCAAUGCCAUCCUGGGUGUGUCCCUGGCCGUUUGUAAGGCUGGAGCAGCUGAGAAAGGGGUCCCUCUUUACCGACAUAUCGCAGAUCUUGCAGGGAAUCCUGACCUCGUCCUUCCUGUGCCUGCCUUCAAUGUGAUCAACGGGGGCUCUCAUGCUGGAAACAAGCUGGCCAUGCAGGAGUUCAUGAUUCUCCCGGUGGGAGCCAGCUCUUUCAAGGAAGCCAUGCGCAUUGGCGCCGAGGUCUACCAUCACCUCAAGGGAGUCAUCAAGGCCAAGUAUGGGAAGGAUGCCACCAAUGUGGGCGAUGAGGGUGGCUUUGCACCCAACAUCCUGGAGAACAAUGAGGCCCUGGAGCUGCUAAAGACAGCCAUUCAGGCAGCUGGGUACCCAGACAAGGUGGUAAUUGGCAUGGAUGUGGCAGCAUCUGAAUUCUAUCGCAAUGGGAAGUAUGAUCUGGAUUUCAAGUCGCCUGAUGAUCCUGCGAGGCACAUCAGUGGGGAGAAGCUUGGGGAGCUGUACAAGAACUUCAUCAAGAACUAUCCUGUGGUCUCCAUUGAAGACCCCUUUGACCAGGAUGACUGGGCAACAUGGACCUCAUUCCUCUCUGGGGUGGACAUCCAGAUUGUGGGAGAUGACCUUACAGUCACCAACCCCAAGAGGAUCGCUCAGGCUGUUGAGAAGAAGGCCUGCAAUUGCCUGCUACUGAAGGUCAACCAGAUCGGCUCAGUGACGGAAUCCAUCCAGGCCUGUAAACUGGCACAGUCUAAUGGCUGGGGAGUGAUGGUGAGCCACCGCUCUGGGGAGACUGAAGACACUUUCAUUGCUGACCUUGUGGUGGGACUCUGCACAGGACAGAUCAAGACUGGUGCCCCCUGCCGUUCAGAGCGUCUGGCAAAAUACAACCAGCUUAUGAGGAUUGAAGAGGCUCUUGGGGACAAAGCUGUCUUUGCUGGACGAAAGUUCCGUAAUCCAAAGGCCAAGUGAGAAGCUGGAGACUCCAGGAUUUCAUAGGACAGACAUGGGCCUUCAAGCCCUUCUCCCAGAAAUAAACACUGCCAAACAAGA